CUGAGGCGCGGGCGACACGCUGCCGGAGCGGCCAUGGGCCGCGGCCGGGGCUUCCUGAUCGGCCUGCUGGGCGCCGUGUGGCUGCUGGGCGCGGGCCGCGGCGGGCAGCAGCCGCCGGAGACGGCGGCGCAGAGGUGCUUCUGCCAGGUUAGUGGUUACUUGGAUGAUUGUACCUGCGAUGUUGAAACCAUUGAUAAAUUUAAUAACUACAGGCUUUUCCCAAGACUACAAAAACUCCUUGAAAGUGACUACUUUAGAUAUUACAAGGUGAACCUGAAGAGGCCUUGUCCUUUCUGGAAUGACAUCAGCCAGUGUGGAAGGAGGGACUGUGCUGUUAAACCCUGUCAAUCUGAUGAAGUUCCUGAUGGAAUUAAGUCUGCGAGCUACAAGUAUUCUGAAGAAGCGAAUAAUCUCAUUGAGGAGUGCGAGCAGGCUGAACGGCUCGGAGCAGUGGAUGAAUCCCUGAGUGAGGAGACGCAGAAGGCCGUUCUUCAGUGGACCAAGCACGAUGACUCUUCAGACAACUUCUGUGAAGCUGAUGACAUACAAUCCCCGGAUGCUGAAUACGUAGAUUUGCUGCUUAAUCCUGAGCGCUACACGGGCUAUAAGGGACAAGAUGUUUGGAAGAUAUGGAAUGUCAUCUACGAAGAAAACUGCUUCAAGCCACAGACAAUUAAAAGGCCUUUGAAUCCUAUGGCUUCUGGUCAAGGAAAUAGUAAAGAGAAUACUUUUUACAGUUGGCUAGAAGGCCUGUGUGUAGAAAAAAGAGCAUUCUACAGACUUAUAUCUGGGCUACAUGCAAGCAUUAACGUGCAUUUGAGUGCAAGGUAUCUUCUACAAGAUACCUGGUUGGAAAAGAAAUGGGGACACAACAUUACAGAAUUUCAGCAGCGAUUUGAUGGGGUUUUGACCAAGGGAGAAGGCCCGAGAAGGCUGAAGAACCUGUAUUUUCUCUACUUGAUAGAACUAAGGGCUCUGUCUAAAGUGCUGCCUUUCUUCGAGCGCCCGGAUUUUCAACUUUUCACCGGAAAUAAAAUUCAGGAUGCAGAAAACAAAAAAUUACUUCUGGAAAUCCUUCAUGAAAUCAAGUCAUUUCCUUUGCAUUUUGAUGAGAAUUCCUUUUUUGCUGGGGAUAAAAAAGAAGCUCACAAACUAAAGGAGGACUUUCGACUACAUUUUAGAAAUAUCUCAAGAAUCAUGGAUUGCGUUGGUUGUUUUAAAUGUCGACUCUGGGGAAAGCUUCAGACUCAGGGUUUGGGUACUGCUCUGAAGAUCCUGUUUUCCGAAAAAUUGAUAGCAAAUAUGCCAGAAAGUGGAUCCAGUUAUGAAUUCCAGCUAACCAGACAAGAAAUAGUAUCAUUAUUUAAUGCAUUUGGAAGAAUUUCUACGAGUGUGAAAGAAUUAGAAAACUUCAGGAACUUGUUACAAAAUAUUCAUUAAAGAAAACAAGAUGAAAUGUGCCUGUUUCUGGACAGUGGAGGCCAAAGAGUGGGAUUUCAUUCAGAGGCGUAACAGAAGCGACAGUCUCAAGCCAAACAUUUUAUAUAAAGCUGCUUUUGUAAAAGGAGAAUUCUAUUAAGUAAACAGUUUGUUUUUUAAAAUUG